UUAGUUUCGGAAUUGAAUUUUAAAUUAAAGUGCUGUAAUGCUCGAUGAACGUUCUAUAGGAAAGAACUGGGAGGGGUUUGGACACAAAAAGCAUAAGCAGGGUGACGACGCGGAAGACCCAACAAAAAGCCCAAAGGAAGAACAGCCAAGAGAAGAAAAGCGAAGGGAAGAUAAGCGAAGGGAAGAAAAGCGAAAGGAAGAAAAGCGAAAAGAGGAAAAGCGAAAGGAAGAGAAGCAAAAAGGCAGACGCACUUCUAAAAAAUCAAAGAAACCUCUCCAACAAACCACUGAGAAAUACGAGAACCGUGGAUUGGAAAAAUUCUUUACAAUCCUGUCGAUGGUGCUCGCUGUGAUUACGUUUCCAGUCUCAGUUUUCAUCUGCUUGGUGGUUUUGAAGGAGUUCCAACGUGCCGUUGUUCUGAGGCUGGGACGCCUCAGAGCGGGAGCACGGGGACCGGGCCUCACCUGGAUACUGCCAUGCAUCGACAGAUACGCCGUUGUGGAUCUCCGCACAAGGGUGGAGGAGGUGCCCACCCAAGAUGUGAUCACCAGGGACUCGGUGACGAUACGAGUAGAUGCUGUAUUAUUCUAUUCUGUAUACAAUCCCAUAGCCUCCCUGCUGCAAGUGGACGAUGUCGACGUAGCGACUCUGCUUCUCGCGCAAACUACGCUGCGCAAUGCUGUGGGUGCUCAAUCGUUCCUGAAACUGGUGGAGUUCCGAGAAAAGCUGUCCAAACAAAUCACGGAGGCUGUUAAUGAAGCCACACAGCACUGGGGCGUUAAGGUGGAGCGCAUUGAAAUCAAGGACAUCAGCUUGCCAGAGGAAAUGCAGCGCGCCUUGGCCAGCGAGGCGGAGGCCUAUCGGGAAGCUCGUGCCAAAGUAAUCUCUGCGCAGGGUGAACUCAAUGCCUCGGCAGCUCUGAAGGAUGCCUCCGAUGUCAUGGCCACCAACAUAAUCACACUGCAGCUAAGACAACUGCAGAUCUUAACUUCGAUUGCCACGGAGCGCAACUGCAGAAUUAUUUAUCCGUUUCCCAUGGAUCUAAUGACAGGCUUUGAGGGAAGCUAUGCCAAGGGCAACGCGGAUGACAGUGGUGGCAGUAAUAAAAAGUCGACUUCAACAGAAAUCGGCGACAACUCCCUAUUAAUGUUUUCAAAUAAAAACGAAGAGGAAUUACCCAAGACGGUACUCGAUGGCAAGGAAAUAGGUUUUUUCAAUGCAGAAGAGGUUGUAUCGGAUGCACCGAAAGUUAUAAAGAAGCGCAGACUCAACGAACUGGUAACACCUAUCUUUUCCCUCAUUCCUGAUCGGGAAGAUGCCCGACCUUCGGAGAAGAAAAAGGCAGAGCAGAAGAAAAAGAAAUUUGUACAAGAGAGUGUAGAGCCUUCGCGACCGCCACAGCCACCCGAACCAGAACCCGAUUUUAAGCCGGGCGACUUUUUUUACUUUUAGUCCAAAUUCUGGUCAAUUAUGAUUUAAUGUUUUUACUACAGAAUUGUGUUUAUUGCAAAUAAAAUGAAUAAUAUACAUUAAAAUGAA